UGGAACAGUUGUGCAUUCCAAUCCGACUUUUCGGGUUGGGAUUCCUGUUAGAGUUUAGAGUGAGAAGCCUCUUCUUCGAUCCUCGAUCUUCGCGUAUUCUCAUCAGUCCGUCCUUAUCGCAUCGUGGAGUAUCGACUCGCAAACAUUAGACUGUGAGCUGUAUAAACACACAGUCGUCAGUUCGUUGUAGUCACGAGACCAAGCAGCACGCGCAUCCUUCGGUGUAUUGAUCCUUGUUCAGUGGAGAAGUAUUCCUCAAAAUUUGAGAUGAUGAGUCCAGAAAACGGAUAAACGUAGUUUUUGCGAUAGUUAUGUGUAGAAAGUGAUUUAAUACAGAAUUGAAAUGAGUCCGUGAGAAGUGUUUUCGGUGAAAUUGAAGACAAGACCACAACGAACCCAACGUUUUGUUAUUAACCUGACGAGAACUAGUGAGAGCAGAAACAUCGAUUGUUCCGCUGUAACGGAUAGUGGAUCGAUUCAGUGAAGAUAGUGAUAUAAAUUAAGCGGAGGCAUUAAAAUGUUGUACCAUAAAGCAGAGCCAAAUGAUGGCAAUAAACUAAAGUCCGAGUACAGCGAAUUGUCCUAUCUCGUGACGAGGCAGUGUCUCAACCAAGAAGAUCUUAAUCAACUGACGGAGUAUGACAGUGUCAAAACAUCGGCACUCGACUCCGUUACCGAGGGCUACCGGUCGUUCAAUUUCUCCUCCACACUGCUCAGCUUCAUCCCAAUCCUCCAAUGGCUGCCAAAGUAUUCCUUCGGAGAGAAUUUUUUCGGAGACUUUACCACCGGCAUAACGGUGGCUGUGAUGCAAAUACCGCAAGGUAUGGCCUGCGCACUACUGGCUGGCGUACCGGCCAACGUUGGACUCUAUAUGGCGUUCUUCCACAGUCUCACCUACGCGAUUUUCGGCACAUCCAAACACGUUUCGAUGGGAACGUUUGCGGUUCUCAGCUUGAUGACGGCGAAGGUGGUGCAAACGUACGCAACGGUUCCGAUGAUCGUGUUGAACGAAACCUAUUCUGCAUCGCCUGAAGUAUCUCACUUAGAACCACACUACACUCCGAUACAGGUGGUUACAGCGCUGUCGCUGAUAGUCGGAUGUUAUCAUAUCCUGAUGAGAAUCUUCCGUCUCGGAACUCUCACCUCGCUGCUCAGUGAGCCCCUGGUCAGCGGGUUCACCACCGCCGCCGCUGUCGAUGUACUCAUAAGUCAAAUGAAAGAUCUCUUGGGGAUGUCCGUUCCCCGACAUAGUGGUAUUUUCAAAAACAUCCUAACGUUGCGCGAUGUGAUCGAACGGAUCCCCAACAGUAAUCCGGCGACCGUGUAUACGUCUCUUGCUGUGAUAGUCUUUAUGGUCGUCAUGAACGAGUAUUUGAAACCUUGGUCAGCGACCAGAUGUCGCUUUCCGAUACCAACCGAGCUGAUGGUGGUUGUUGGUGGAACGUUGGCUUCCUACGCAAUCGGUCUCGGACCGAAUCACGAUGUGUUGCUGGUCGGAGAAAUUCAUGUUGGUCUACCAGCGCCGCAGCUACCACCCGUCAUGCUACUGGAAAAACUAGCCGUGGAUGCGAUCUCAAUUGCCAUCGUAAGCUACUCGGUCGUCAUGUCCAUGGGCAUGAUCUUCGCCCAGAAGGAAGGCUACGAGGUCUGUGCAAACCAGGAGUUGGUCGCCAUGGGCAUAACCAACAUCAUCGGAUCGUUCUUCUCGUGCAUUCCGACGGCGUGUUCUCUGUCGCGAUCGCUGAUCCAACAUCAGGCCGGCGGAAAAACUCAGCUGACAGCAGUGAUCUCUUCCAUGCUAAUAUUGGUUGUGGUGCUCUGGUUGGGACCAUACUUCGAGGUGCUCCCGCAGUGCGUUCUAUCUUCCAUUAUCUUCAUCGCACUCAAGGGAAUGCUUUGGCAGUUUCAGCAUAUUAAGAAGUUUUACCGCGAAGGCGGUUGGGAACUGGCAGUUUGGCUGCUGACGUUUUUCAGUGUCACCAUUCUCAACAUCGAUUUGGGUCUGCUAAUCGGAGUAGUGUUCUCUGUUACCGUUCUGUACGUCAAGGGAUGGAAAUCCUACUACAGCCUGCUGGGAACCAUACCGGAGUCGGCAAUCUACGUGAAUAUUGCGGGUCAUCGGAAGGCGGAGGAGGUGCCGCACAUUAAAAUAUUCCGGUAUACGGGUGCGAUCAACUUCGCAAGUAGAACUGCGUUCAAGAAGACGUUCGUCCAGGUUGUUGGCGUGCGUGGUAAACUUGGCAACGGUGGUUCCGGAUAUGGUGCAACUGAGAAGACAAUCAGCGCCGUGAUAGUUGAUCUAUCCAGUGUACCGCACAUCGAUUUGGCUGCGUGUAAGACUUUGAACGAAAUCAGAAAAGAGAUGGCAGCGAAGGGAGUCAAUGUUUUGGUUGCGCAUCCGGCGGAUUGUGUAUACGAUAUGCUACUGCAUGCUGAGUCCCUCGGCGAGGGCGGUUUCCACAUUUUUCCAACCAUUCACGAUGCCGUGUUAUACGCUCAGGGAGGUGGAUCGGUUGUGUGAUGGACAGAAGGUGACAAUGUCUGCUGUAAACUAACCUAUCGAAGAUAUGCAUUUCCAGCGGAAAUUAAUGGAUUUUGUUGCAAUUUAGAUAAUGGAUUAUCAUGCAAUACAAAAUGUAAAUAGUAAAGGCUAUCUUCCUGGCCAUUUAGUACUAAGUCAGACAAGAUAUGAUAACUAAUGAUAUUUAGAAAAUAUGACAACGUUGUUAUUUGUUAAUUUAGCCGCGCCCAUUG